AUGCACGUCCCAUCGACAAAGGUGCUCAUCCUUUUAAUUCUUCUAUCUAGAGUGAAUGGUGCUAAAGUGAAAAGGAAGCAUUACACGGAUUCGCGUUUUUGUGAUGUGGAUAUUGUAACAGAAAUUGCUGCUUAUGAUACCGCUGUCAAAGAUAUCAUCGAAUAUGUCACGGGCCCGUUCAAGAGGAAGACAUACGACGAUUGCCGUAGUUUGCUAAGCAACGAGUUGCUUGAUGAGAUUGCAUCUUAUAAAGAUGUUAAAGAUGAGAUCAUUAAAUAUGUUACUGAGGGAGAUUUUAAGAGAAAGAGUUAUGACGAGUUGGCAAAAUUUGUGGAUAAAUUUGGAGCACGGCCAUCGGGUUCUAAAGUACUGGAGGAUUCUAUUGAUUACAUGAUUCAGCUAACAAGAGAUGAAGGCAUUACUGAUAUCAUAACUGAAACAGUUGAGGUUCCACAUUGGGUACGUGGUAAUGAAGUCAUAACCAUGCUUGAGCCGCGUGUUAAAAAUAUUGCUUUGUUAGGACUUGGAAGAAGCGUCAGUACACCAGAGGAAGGGAUAACAGCGGAGGUUAUAGUUAUUUCUGAUUUUGAGCAAUUAGAGGCUACACCAGACGAUUAUAUAAAAGGUAAAAUUGUUCUUUACGAUCCACAUUUUACAACGUAUAGUGAAACCGUGAUAUAUAGAUCACAAGGAGCUACCAAAGCCGCUCAAAAAGGGGCCGUAGCAGCUUUGGUGAGAUCAAUUGCACCAUUUUCAAUCAAUUCACCACAUACUGGAUCUCAGACGUAUGAAGGUAAUGUUACAAAAAUCCCAACGGCUGCGAUCACUAUUGAAGACGCCGAUUUAAUAAGAAGAUUUUUUGACCGCGGAGAACCUGUAGAACUAAAUAUUAAAAUGUCUUCAACAUUUGAUACGAAAAUUUCUAGAAACACAAUUAUCGAUUUGAAGGGUACUGAGAAACCUGAGAAACUUGUUAUUGUGUCUGGUCACAUUGAUAGUUGGGAUGUUGGUCAGGGGGCUAUGGACGAUGGCGGUGGUCUAUUCAUUAGUUGGGCGGCACCAGUUAUACUGAAAAAUUUGAAUUUGAAACCUAGAAGAACACUUAGAUCAAUUUUCUGGACAGCUGAGGAAUUGGGAUUAGUAGGCGCAUACGCAUAUGAAGAGAAACAUAGAAAUGAGAGCGCUAAUAUUAACUUUAUAAUGGAGUCUGAUGAAGGAACAUUUGCCCCACUUGGCUUAGCUGUUGCUGGAACCCAAGAAGCAAGAUGCAUUGUGGCUGAAAUUCUGAAAUUAUUCGAAUCGAUUAAUGCAUCUACGUUAGUUGAAGAUGACAAUCCCGGGUCUGACAUUAGUGUAAUAAUAAAAACCGGUGUACCAGGCGCUAGCCUUCAUAAUGCCAACGAAAGAUACUUCUGGUUUCACCACACAGAAGGAGAUGCAAUGAACGUUGAAGAUCCGAAUGAGUUAGAUUUAUGCACUGCGUUUUGGACUGCUGUGGCAUACAUAAUUGCAGAUAUAUCUGUUGAUAUUCCGCGA